AAUGAUAAAAUUUUUCCUCAUGGUGAAUAAACAAGGGCAGACCCGACUUUCUAAGUACUAUGAACACAUGGAGAUUAAUAAGCGUGCACUUCUGGAAACAGAAGUCAUAAAGAGCUGUCUCUCUCGAUCCAAUGAACAAUGCUCCUUCAUUGAAUACAAGGAUUUUAAGCUGAUAUAUCGGCAGUAUGCAGCUCUCUUCAUUGUGGUUGGAGUUAAUGAUACUGAGAAUGAGAUGGCUAUUUAUGAAUUCAUCCAUAACUUUGUGGAAGUUUUAGAUGCAUACUUCAGCCGAGUGAGUGAAUUAGAUAUAAUGUUUAAUUUGGAUAAAGUACACAUCAUUUUGGAUGAAAUGGUCUUAAACGGCUGCAUUGUGGAAACUAACCGGGCAAGAAUUCUUGCCCCUCUACUAAUUCUUGAUAAGAUGUCAGAGAGCUGAAUGGAAGGCUCUGCCAGACAACAUCAAUUUAUAGGAAAUGCCAACACCGUGGAAUACGUCUCAACAUCUAUAGCCCAAAAGAAUCUGGAAGACCACACAUUGCAAAAUAGGGUGUCCUUCCAAAGACAUAAGUAGGUAUUUUCCACAGUUCCUAAGUGCAAAACAAAACUGUAUUUUAAAAUAUGUACAAAGAAAAAUUUUCUCUAAAGUGAGACAAAUUUUGUUUUCUAACUGUAUGCAUAUUUUUCCCACUUCUUUAAAUUCUGUUGAGUACCUAAGGAACCCUUUUUGGUCUCUGCUGCCUUUUGCAAAUUACAUUGAAGAAUAGCAGGAUGUUGGGAGGAAAGUAUGGCAGUUCUCUAUCAGCCAAUUUUUAAAUUGACUUAAACACAUGGCAUUUUGAGUAACAUCAUUUUCUGAAUGCUACCUUUUUCCUUAAAAAAAUCUUAGUAAAACUUACUUUUUAAAAACUUUACUAUAAUGUGUACCUAAUAAAGACUGAAGAAUUAAAUUUUAA